CCUUUAGAGAAUUCGCCAUCACGUUCAAAACUUGCGAUUGCAUUUUCCUCAACGAAAUUUACCCGCACUUACAAGCAAAAUUAAAUGAAAUCUCUUUGAAACCUUGGGGCCCCAAAUUUAAAAAAAUUUUAAAGGACAAAUAUUUGACUUUGACAUUGUGGCGAAGGUAAGUUCUGUCAUAUGAUUGGAGCGUGAUAAAAAAAAAAACAUAGUUCGUUUGGUAUGUGGCAUCUUUUUCUUUUACAUGCUCAUAGAAAGAGAUGCAAUCUGAUCACGUUCGGAUUGAGUAAUUUGGACGCAUUCAGCCGACGUAUAUAAUUUCUUAACCUAACUAUUUUGUUUAUUUCUAACUGUUUCCGGUAAAUUUAAAAUUUAUAUAAUUAUUAUUAUUUAAAAACAAAAAAACUUCAAAUGUACAACCAAUUUACAAUUGCAAUUAUAUUUUACUUUUCGAAAAUUGUUUCUGCACAUAAUUUAUUAGGAAUAAUACCAGUAUCACCUCUUAUAACAAACUCCCAAUAUAAUCCUUAUUGCUUGAUGAACGAAUGCUGCAAUGAUGAAUAUGUUAAAUUUGAUAGACACCGUCUCAUGAAAAACCUCACAGAAAAUGUCUAUGGACAACCUCUGCUCGAAACAGCUCUCGAGGCUUUAACAGCUCAUUUCAACCCUUAUUACACAUCGCCAAAACCUUUAACUUUAAGUUUCCACGGUAUGACAGGCACAGGGAAAAAUUUUGUUUCAAAUUUGAUUGCAGAUAGUCUAUUCAGAAAAGGAUCUAAAAGCCAAUUUGUGCAUCAUUUUAUUGGACGAAUGCAUUUUUCUGAAGUAAAAAAUGUCUCAGAAAAUAUACAAAAUUUAUAUCAUUGGCUAACAAACAAUAUAACACAAUGCCCCACUCAACUAUUUAUAUUUGAUGAAGUAGAUAAAAUGGUUCCUGAAAUUAUCAAUUCGAUAAAACCUUUGAUAGAUUAUAAUCACCAAGGUGUUGCAUUUUCUCAAUCAGUAUUCAUUUUCCUAUCAAACAUUGCUGCUGAUAUAAUUAAUGAACAUUAUCAUGAUUUGUUUAUCAGUGAAGGCAAGGGAAGGGAUGAUUUGAAGCUGUUUGAUUUUGAGAAUCUUAUCUCAAAAGGAGCUUUUAAUAAAGAAGGUGGUUUUUUCCACAGCGACACAAUUUCCAAUAACUUAAUUGAUCAUUAUAUUCCAUUUUUGCCAUUGGAACAAAAACACAUUGUCCAAUGUAUUGAGCAAGAGUUUAAGCUUAGAGGAGUAAAUUCUCCAGAGAAAAAACACAUAGAUGAAGUUAUGAAAUUUAUUGAAUGGGGCCCAGACGAGUCCAAGCUAUUUUCGAAAACAGGCUGCAAAAGGUUGGGCCCUAAAGUAGCUUCAAUUGUUAGUAAAUGGUACAGGCAUGCUGGUCAUUCCAAAGAUGAAUUUUGAUAUACAUAUACAUAUUUGUAUUAAAGAUUUAAAAUCAUAAAAUUUGUUUUAUUGAAAUUAGAGACGAUUUUUUUUUAUCAACACAGUGUAACAUUUAUUUUAUUUUUGUACAAACAAAUUAACAUAAAUAUCAGCUAGAUAAAAAUAACUAACAGUUAAUAUAUAAACUGACCUAAAAAAAUGAGGCAAGUUAAGAAGAGAUCUAAAAUAGGCAAGAAAUUAUAGUGCUGUAUAUACAUAUACAAAUUUUGGGUAAAAGGAGAGGCAUUGUAUAUAAAUAUGUAUUAUUCAUUUUAAGCGUACAUUAGGUCUAUAUAAAUAUCAUUUAGAAGUUGUAUAGGUAUAUAAAGGUAGUUUAUGAAGCGUAAAUUGCAGUUUGAGUAUAUAAAUAUGCAUGUGCAAAAAUAUUUUCCACCCAAGAUAUGUAUAAAACAAAAUUGAGGUUUCAAUUUUUAACUUACAUUUACGUGUAGGUAAGAGCUAAUUUUUAAUACAGCAAAAGUACAUUUUUCUUUUAUUGCUACACACACUUUUCUCUAAUGGAAUUGAUUGGUUUUGGUCAAAAUUGUUUCAAUAAAUUUGUACUCAAAUGGGUCAAUUAUUGCAACUAAAUUUUGUUCCCAAAUAAUUUUGUUUUUGUAUACAUCAAGAAUAUACAUUGGUAAAUAUUAGAGAGUCAAAAUAUAGGCUUAUUUCCUAACUAAACGCUAAAUAAAUUAAGACUAGUAAUCAUACUACAAAUAAAAAAAAAUCACAUAUAAUACCCCAAAAUAACUCCUCACAAAUCCCCAUUUUCAAUGGCCUUAUUCAAAUCAUUAACCACACGACCCAAUAACUCCCUAUGAUCGCUGUUGCUCCUGAAAAUAUUAUCCAAAAAUGUGGGAUUUCCGAAAAACGAAAAAACACUUUCCACCCUGUUUAUGGAUUUUUCGGUCAGGUGCCUGCAAAUUAUGGACUGCAAGAUUGUCUGGCACUCGUCCAGAAUGUGAACGAGGUAAUUGCGAUCGUAGCUGUAGUCGACUUCGUAAAACGAAAUAAU